UACAGUGUAGGUGCCUUUGUACAUAUUAGAUAUGCUUUGUUUUCUUCCUGAUAUAAGCGAGUGUUGGGUUCAUGAGCAAGGGCACCUGCAAGUGUGCCAAUGUGGGCGUGGUUUCCUGUUUUGUUUAAUGUACACACCUGUGAUAAGCGUACCUGGGCGUGGUCUCUGGCUUGUUAGCAGAAUGACAACACCUGUGGGCCGUGUGGGUUUACUUAUUGCUGGGGUGAAACUUUUCCUGUGACCGUGUUCUCAACCUGUUCUGGCAGUUGUUGACUGUUGUUGUAUGGAUUACUUGAGUGGAUUAUGUCGCGGAGCUGCUGAUUAUGUAUCCUGGCAUCGCGGGAAGUGCGGCACACGAACGCAGUCAGCAGGUGUUGCUGCGUCCCGAGGAGAGUUCCCUUCCCGGGCUGAGCAGCAGACAGUCCGCCACCUUGUCCGAACAAGUCCAGGAUGCUCUGCUGCAGCUGGCAGCGGUUGUCGAUGCGCGCUCGCUGCGAGCGGCCCUUCGAGACAGCGUCCAGGCGCUGCUACCCAGCACGGUGUGUGUGUGCGUGUACACACUGGAGGGAAACUCCAGGCUGCUGUCUGACGACCCACCACAUGAGCUGCCACAGGAGGGGAAGAUCAGGAACGCUGUUGACCAGCUGAAGCGAUGCCAGUGUGCGGGCUUUCCACCGUCGGAACUCCCAGAAAAAUACAGAAGCUACCUUGCAGCGCCGCUGACGGCACACCAAAGAGCUGUGGUUAUUCCCAUCUUGGACCAGGAGAGGAUCAAGGCCAUUGCUGUCUUACUGGUGGGCUGCAGCCCCCUCACUGAUCAGGAUGAAGUGCACCUCAACACGCUGGAGAAACAUGUGUCGGUGGCAUGUGUGCGCGUCCAGCUUGUUCAGGCGUCCUACCAGAGGCCCCCCCUCAGCCCCUCGCCGAUCCAGCCCCACAAUGCACUGCUGCAACUCAACGUCUCUGAGCAGGACUACUGCGAGUUGGACCACAACAUCCUGCAACUCUGCGGUGAGCUUUAUGACCUGGAUGCAGCCUCUCUCCAGCUCAAAGUCAUCCAUUAUCUGCAACAGCAGACUCAGUCGCAGUGUUGUUGUCUGCUCUUAGUGUCCGAGGACAACCACCAGCUUUUCUGCCAGGUCGUUGGAGACAAAGUCCUGGAGGAGGAGAUCAGUUUCUCGCUGAUGUUUGGACGUUUUGGUCAGGUCGUGGAGAAGAAGAAGUCAAUUUCUCUUCAAGACAUCAGCGCCGAGGAGCGCAGGCAGCUGUCCAGCAUGUUGGGCUGUGAGAUCUCCUCCAUGCUGUGUGUGCCGGUGGUGAGCAGGGCCACGGGCCAGGUGGUGGCGCUCGCAUGCGCCUUCAACAAGCAGGGUGGACAGAGACACACUGAGGUGGACGAGCACGCCAUCCAGCACUGCUUCUGCUACACUUCAACAGUCCUCACUUCCACUCUGGCCUUCCAGAAGGAGCAGAAGCUAAAAGUGGAGUGCCAGGCGCUCCUACAAGUGGCCAAGAACCUAUUCACACAUUUGGACGACGUGUCGGUGCUCUUGCAGGAAAUUAUAGUGGAGGCCAGGAACCUCAGCGGCGCGGAGAUCUGCUCCGUGUUCCUGCUGGAUCGUCAUAGCCACGAGUUGGUGGCCAAGGUGUUUGACGGCGGUGUGGUUAGUGAUGAAGAGAAGGAGUUCCGUAUCCCAGCAGAUCAGGGCAUUGCAGGCCAUGUGGCAACCACAGGUCAAACCCUGAAUAUCAAGGACGCCUACUCCCACCCUCUUUUCUACCGCGGCGUGGAUGACAGCACCGGAUUCAAGACUCGCAACAUCCUCUGCUUCCCCAUCAAAGAUGAGAACAACGAGGUGAUCGGUGUUGCCGAGUUGGUGAAUAAAAUGAACGGGCCGUGGUUUAACCGCUUUGAUGAGGACCUCGCCACGGCCUUUUCCAUCUACUGUGGUAUCAGCAUUGCCCAUUCUUUGCUCUACAAGAGAGUCCACGAAGCUCAGUUCCGGUCCCACCUGGCUAAUGAAAUGAUGAAGUACCACAUGAAGGUUUCAGAAGAUGAGGUGUCCAAGGUGCUGGUCCUAGAGAUCGAGCCCAUUAAGAAGCUCCAUCCGUGUUUCGCCGAGUUCACCUAUCAGCCGCGCUCGCUGGCCGACGAAACCACGCCCAUGUGCGUCCUCAGCAUGUUUGAAGACAUGGGUUUCAUCAACAUCUACAAGAUGGACCGGCAGACUCUCGCCAGGUUUUGCCUAAUGGUGAAGAAAGGCUACAGGGACCCGCCCUACCACAACUGGAUGCACGCAUUCUCCGUCUCCCACUUCUGCUACCUGCUCUACAAAAACCUAGGGCUGUCCAACUACCUCGAGGACAUAGAGAUUUUAGCUCUCUUCGUGUCCUGCCUGUGCCAUGACCUGGACCACCGUGGCACCAACAACUCUUUCCAAGUGGCCUCGCAAUCUGUGCUGGCUGCUCUCUACAGCUCAGAGGGAUCCGUGAUGGAGAGACAUCAUUUUGCUCAGGCCAUCGCCAUUUUGAACACUCAAGGCUGCAACAUUUUUGAGAAGUUCUCCAGAAAGGAUUACCAGCGCAUGCUAGAUUUGAUGAGGGACAUCAUUCUGGCUACAGACCUGGCUCACCACCUUCGCAUAUUCAAGGACUUGCAAAAGAUGUCUGAUGACGGAUACGACCCAAAAAGCGAAACCCACCGCUCCAUGCUGCUGUGCCUGCUGAUGACAUCAUGUGACCUGUCAGACCAAACCAAGGGCUGGAAGACCACUCGCAAGAUUGCGGAGCUUAUCUACAAAGAGUUCUUCUCUCAAGGAGACCUGGAAAAAGCCAUGGGCAACAGACCCAGCGAGAUGAUGGACCGAGAAAAAGCCUACAUCCCGGAACUGCAGAUCAGCUUCAUGGAGCACAUCGCCAUGCCCAUUUACAAGCUGCUGUCGGAACUAUUUCCCGGGGCCACAGAGCUCUACGAGAGAGUGGCGGCUAACCGAGAGCAGUGGACCAAGGUGUCCCACAAGUUCACCAUCCGGGGGUUGCCGAGCAACAACAGCCUCGACUUCCUGGACCAGGAAUACGAGCUCCUGCAGUCCCAGGGCGCUUUCGGGAGCGAUCACCUCUGCCUUAACGGCUGCCUGGACGACGGCGAAGCGGGGCCGGGACUGUGACAGCGGCGGCGCGUGCGCGGCUCAUGAGCUUUUUCUCUCCCCCUCUCCCCUCGCCCAGUGCGAGGCUGUGAAGACACCUUUCUGGCGACCCCCGCGAAGGGAGAGGGUCUGCCCCGCCGUCGGGCCCCCUCGGCGGCCACCGGUGCGGAGGGGGGGGCGGACAAGGGAUUCGAAACAUCCGACGUGGUUUCGUGGUCACGUGCUACAUGUUGCUUGUUUCCCCCAUCAGAGGAGCGGUCGGAGGCGACGCCGGAACCGGACGUUUGCAGCGCUCGUCCCGAUUAAGAUUGUUCACAAACUUUUUUUUUUUGGGGAGCGAUUAAGAAAAAAACAUUUAAAAAAUAGUUCAACUUGUAAACUUGACAAAGUGCUAUUGUUUGAGUGACAUGAUUUAACGGCUUCGCUUAGUUCCCACACAAGCAGCUGCCAUCGGCUUGAGAACGCAUGCCAUGUCUUCUUCUGGUAUUUUUCUACUGUCAAAUUAUUAUUUUUUUUCCCCUUUGAUGCAUUACCACACAUGUCCACAAGGGGCAGUUUGCUUUGACUCGUUAGCCCCUUUUGACAAUCACGUCCCCCGUCCACCACAUGGAUUCUCUCUUCCGUCCUCCGCCUCACCACCGUAGAUAAAGAACCGGAGCAGCCCUUUAAAAGAUCCAUCCCACCCGUCGUGUAAACGAGCCAUAGUGGAGUGCGAGUCGUAUGGAUCUGCCUUAUUGUGCAUCUUCGCUGCCUUUCUUAGAGCUUUUAAUAUAUAUAUAUACCGAUUGAAAUACAGAGUCUGUUUAUUAUUGUGUAUUUGUUAUAGACAUAGCUUGACUAUCAGUGUGUUGACUGAAGGACCACCGCGCUCAGAAAAAUGUAUAUUUGUGAAAUAACCUUUGUAAAGACCGCCGUCGUCGCUUUUGUCCGACUGAUGACGUCACCGUGGGGAUGAUUACAUAGGCGACCGGAAAAAAAAAGAAUCAGAAAUGUAGCCACCAAAAAAAAAAAAAGAAAAAAAAAAAAAUCCCAAAGGUAAAGUAUGGAAACUUUUUUUUUUUCAGCUCUCAGAUUGUGCCUCAUUUUUUUAAACGUUUUGUGUUACAAUGCGCCACUUUUUCACUUGUUUUCGAAGAGGAUAUGCUGCAGUUUAAAGCCAACCACUGAGUCGUUACACAACGUGAACACUGUAUGUAGGCUGUGUGUGUGUGUGUGUGUGUGCAUUGGAGAGGUCAUGACCAAACAAGUGCAUCAGAAAGUGUGUGUGUGUGCGUGUGUGUGCAUGUGUGGGUAGCAGAGAUGGAGAAAUUCUGAUUACGAGCCAAAUGUUUGCUAGUGCACAUUCUUGGGGGUUGUGUGAAAUCCCGUCGUCAUUCCGCCCUCGUAAUGCUAAUAACGCGUAUUAUCAGGGUGUGUGUGUGUGUGUGUACAGAUCCUCCGGAGAACCGGCGUCCUCUGCAGUGGACAUGUGUGUUUCGCGUAACAGGGCUGAUACAAAAGACUAAGAACGUCCACUGCGGAGGACGCCGGUUCUCAGGGAAAAAAACGUACGUCUUGUUCAAAAGUGUCUCGAACCAUUGGGAUUCGUGUUGAUUCAAUCUGCCUUAGUUGGGAGUUUUUUCUACUAAAUGUUUUCAAAGGGCAUAUAGAUGUUUUUAGGACCCCCGCUCAUCGUCUCGUACCUGCCUUUUGUUGUCAUGUGCAAUAUGAAGCGUCUGCCUGAGUGAAAAUGGAAAUCAGCCCUAGCCCCUUGUUAACUUAUUUCCUGGGGUCUGAGGUCCCCACUGGCCAUUUUUUAUUUUUUUUUGGACCGUUCUUGAGACCAGAGUUACGCGGCGGUGCAGAUCACGCUCCGUGUCACUUUGAGGACGGUACUUUAGCUGCGGCUGCGUUCAGUCCAAGCGCGAACAGAGGAACCGAGUCAGGAACGCGCCAGGAGCUAAACCCGGCAGGCACAAGACGUUGUUUAUACAUGCGUGUCCUUUGAAACCGACUUUGAAAAGACGUUGCAAAACAGUCAUAUUUGUAAAUUGAGACAACAGGCCCUUUUCCACAUAAAGUUCAGGAACUUAAGGUUCCUGGAACCUCUAGUUCCUGUGUGGUUUGUGUUUCCACCGUGUUUGCGUUUGCCUACUCAGUGGUCUAGUGGUUAGAGUGUCCGCCCUGAGAUCGAUAGGUUGUGAGUUCAAACCCCGGCCAAGUCAUACCAAAGACUAUAAAAAUGGGAGCCAUUACCUCCCUGCUUGGAACUCAGCAUCAAGGGUUGGAAUUGGGGGUUAAAUCACCAAAAUGAUUCCCGGGCGCAGCCACUGCUGCUGCCCACUGCUCCCCUCACCUCCCAGGGGGUGAACAAGGGGAUAGGUCAAAUGCAGAGGACAAAUUUCAUUGGUACUUUAACUUCAACUUAACUUCCGCAGUCCAGGAUAGUUUAUACAAAUCAGUCUGGUGACGUAUCUGACGCCAUGUAAAUAAACAGGCAAUAUUAGCUCAGAAUUAUUUUACUCAAGAGUAAGAAAUUUAAUAACAGCAAUUAGCAUACAAAACGACAUGAUUUAAAAAAAGUAAAGUGUACCGAAUUGUUCAUAAAAAGUCAAGCUUUUGUCCGCAAUGUCCAACAGUCAGAAAGUCGUCCUCUAGAUAAAUUAUGACUUCAUGAGGGUGAGGGGGUUCCUUUUGGUCCAUUUCAAGUAACAAUAUUUAAAUAAUAAAUGUCAGUGUUUAUCUCACGCCGACAACACAAAGACACCGGAUUUAGCGUUAGCUGGUUAGCAUUAGCAUUCUGUUCACUCGGGUUGAGGCUAUAAAAUACACAAAUGACUACUUUUACAACAUGUAAUAAAGUAAAUAGUUAAUAUUUGAUGUUAUUUACCUUUGUUCCGCUCGUGUUCUGCCUCCUUUUUUUCACAUUUAUCCAAAAAAGCAUGAGUAGUAAGCAGCUUCAUACUCCUCCGUAAAUUUGUUUAAAAGAGUCCGUCCCCUUAUACCUUCGCGUAUGACAAUUUCAGUUGUAAAUAACAAUAUAUAAAUAAUAAAUGUCAGUGAUUAUCUCACGCCGACAACACCAAGACAUGGGAUUUAGCGUUAACUUGUUAGCAUUAGCAUUUCGUUCACUUGGGUUGAGGCUAUAAAAUACACAAAUGGAGUGUCAAUGACUACUUUUACAACAUGUAAUUAAGUAAAUAGUUAAUAUUUGAUGUUAUUUACCGUUGUUCCACUCGUGUGCUGCUUCCUUUUUUUCCACAUUUAUCCAAAAAAGUCUCAGAAUAGUAAGCAGCUACGAGUCCGUCUUCAUAUUCCUCUGUAAAUUUGUUUGAAAGAGUCAGUCCCCUUUUUGUAGCUUUGCGUAUGGCAAUUUCAGCACAAUAACAAUAUCCAUCCAUCCAUUUUCUACCGCUUAUUCCCUUCGGGGUCGCGGGGGGCGCUGGAGCCUAUCUCAGGUACA